GAAGGUUCUAUCCAACCCGAAUGUCUAUCAAUUGGCCAACAUUUGUGCUGACUCUGCUCUUCGUAAGUGGCUGCGAGGCGCAGCUGUUUGCACAGCCGUCAAACGUGGUUUACACAACCUAUUUACAAGGAGUGGGAGGCGGAAGUGGAAGUGGAAGUGGCGCCACUCAGCUGCCAAAUCAUGUGACCGUUCAACGUGGCCAAACACAAAUUAUUAAGCCGGCUCAGUUACAUGAAAUCAUGGAUGGCGAGGCGCUGGAGCUGGCGCCAUUGUUGCAGCAAUUGUUAAGCCAAACUGUGCCAAAUUGGCAGCAAUCUCAGCAGCAGGAGUUACAGCAACAACAGCAGCAACAACAACAACAGCAACAGCAACAACAACAACAAUCACAGCAGCAGCAGCCGCUACACUUUUUUGUUUAUGAAAACUCGCAGCCUGUGCGGCUGACAAGUCAACAACCUCAAAUAUUGCCAGGGUUCAAUGGCGUCAACGUGCAGCAGCAGCCACAGCAACAACAACAGCAGCCACAAUCGACAUCGAUGCCAAUUCAGCUGCAACAACAACAACCACAGCAACAGCAAUAUAUAGAAACAGCGCCAAAAAUUCGGCCGAUUGCAGGAGGCGCUUUUGUGGCGCCAACGGCAACUUUGGCUCACGGCAUUCAACCUACGAUCUCAAGCCAAGCGCAAAAUGCGCCGGAAGCAACCUCAUGCGAACGCUGCUGUCCGGAGGAUGUGGAGGAGUCGAAGAUGGAGGCGGCUGCCACGCCCUGUCCCUGCUGCCAAGUAAGCAUUCCCUUGCUGAGUGCAGCUGCGCUCAAGGCGACAGUUGGUUAACAGCAUUUAAUUAAAUAAACAAUAGCUGGAGAGAGUCUUGAGCUUAUUAAUAAACAACGCAAGCGGAAGUUGGCUGGCGAAAAAAGUGUUGCAUAUUUUGGGGCGCAAGUGGUAAAGGAAAGAAUGAGAAAGAAGCAGAGUGUGUGUGUGUGUGUGAAAGCUGUUUGCAAUAAGUGAGUGUGUGUGUGCUGUGAGUACGUUAUCUGUCAUCAACUUGCUGUUGCACUCGGCCACGCCUUCGACUGCAGACGCCUCUGUUGUCCAACUUGAACACGAAGCAAUACACGAUGAAUAUACACACAAACACACACACACUCACACACAGAGACACAUAUGCACUUGCACACAAAAGGCGACAAUGUGUUGCAACUAAAAACAAUCUCUAAAAAUAUAAAACAUGCCACAAAAACCGCAGCACUUCAUGUUGAGUGCCACGCUGCAAAUUGUGUCUGCUUUCCUCUCUCUCUCUCUCUCUGCUUCUCUUUUUAUCUGUCUGUUGCUUGCGAAAAUAAUAAAUAAAAAAUCUGU